AUACCAAUACUCAAACUAUAAAUCAAAUAUAUAACCAUGUCUACCGACGAACCAAUGGAAGAUGUUCAAGUUGCCCAAGAUGCACAAGAAAACGAAUAUGAUCUCGAAAAGAUCAAGCUUUUGCCUGGUGCAUCUGAAGACGGAACUGCUGCUUCAUUUCAAAUCGUGGAUGAGGAUCACACUUUAGGUAAUGCGUUACGUUAUAUAAUCAUGAAGAAUCCAGAAGUAGAGUUUUGCGGUUAUUCCAUCCCACAUCCUAGUGAAAACAAGUUAAAUAUUAGAAUUCAAACAUAUGGUAACAUUUCUGCUGUGGAAGCAUUGCACCAAGGAUUAGAUAACUUGAGUGAAUUAUGUACUGUGAUUGAAGAAAAGUUUAGUGAGAAGAUUGAAGCUGGUGGGUAUGCUACUGUUGAACCUUAAACGGGGUUAUUGAUGUUAUGUAGUUUUCUUGUACAUUAGGUGUUAUUUUGCAUGAAAUAUAAUAGAUAUUUCUUUAAUAUUGU